AUGUGGGCAGUGCAGUUUGCUCUGGGACGGUCCCAAACGUCAAGUUUGACGCUCAGAGAAAUUGAAUUAGUGGCCAUCUUUAGAAAAGAUACUUCAGGCCUAUGUAGUAAGUUUACCAAGGCACAGAAAUCAUGGAUAGAAAGAGCAUUUUACAAGAGAGAAUGUGUUCGUAUCAUACCCAGCACCAAAGACCCCCAUAGGUGUUGCUGUGGGCAUCUAAUAGGCCAACAUGUUGGACUGACUCCAAGUAUCUCCGUUAUUCAGAAUGAGAAAAACGAAAGCAGGCUUACUCUCCAGUCGGAGAAGUGGUCCAUCAGCAAGCACACACAGCUCAGCCCCACAGAUGCUUUUGGAACCAUUGAGUUCCAAGGAGGAGGCCACUCCAAUAAAGCCAUGUAUGUACGUGUGUCUUUUGACACAAAGCCUGACCUUCUUCUGCACCUGAUGACCAAAGAGUGGCAGCUUGAGCUCCCUAAACUUCUCAUCUCCGUGCACGGGGGCCUUCAGAAUUUUGAACUUCAGCCAAAACUCAAGCAAGUCUUUGGAAAAGGCCUCAUUAAGGCUGCUAUGACAACUGGA